GGGUCAGGCCGGCUGGCGCGAACACGCAGGGUUUGGACACACCUGGCGCUGGGCUGUCACGCGCUCAGCAGGUAGAAACGGGCUGGGAGCUCAGCAGACACCGCCGUCUGCAGCCUCAACAACACACCCGGAAAUAGCGCGCUGCUCUAUCAAACAAAUCACACGAACACGCCGCUAACGCACAGCUGUCAGAGCGAGAUUUAGCGAGAUUUGCUGUCUUCGCUCGCAAGCCGACUUUAUUAGAUCCAGUGGCGAACCUCUCGCUUAGCAGGACCGUAAGUGAGGUCGGUCGACCACCCAGCAGCAUGCCAGGCUAAGCCGAAGCGUUCCCGCUGGUGUGUGGUGUUGACCGGGGAGCUGCUCCGCCACAGAGGUUUCUUUACCUACGACCGUCUUGGUUCCACAGAUUGCACCAUGGCGAUGUGGAUUCAGGCCCAACAGCUUCAGGGCGACGCGUUGCAUCAGAUGCAGGCGUUGUAUGGCCAGCAUUUCCCCAUAGAGGUGCGACACUACCUGGCCCAGUGGAUUGAAAGCCAGUCUUGGGACUCUGUGGAUUUAGAUAACCCAGGAGAAGAGGCCAAAGCCAAGCGUCUGCUGGAUAAUCUAGUGUCAGAGCUGCAGAGAAAAGCACAGCUUCAAGGAGGAGAGGAUGGGUUUCUUCUCAAGAUCAAGCUGGGGCAUUAUGCCAACCAGUUCAAGAGCACUUAUGACCGCUGUCCUUUUGAAUUGGUGCGCUGCAUUAAACACAUCCUCCAGUCGGAGCAGAGACUGGUUCAAGAAGCAACAAAUGCAAGCUCCGGGGUUGGGGCGCAGGCCAUGGACACACUGUCCCAACGCCAUCAACAGAUCAACCAAGCCUUUGAAGAGCUGCGCUUGGCAACCCAGGAGACCGAGAAUGAGCUCAGAAAGCUGCAGCACAGCCAAGAAUACUUCAUCAUCCAGUAUCAGGAAAACCUGCGCAUCCAAGCCCAGCUGAGCAGCUUGUCAUCAGUGCCAGCAGCGGAGCGCAAGCAGCGGGAGACCACCCUACAGAGCAAGCGAGCGACUGUUGAAGCCUGGCUUGCCAGAGAGGCCAGCACACUACAGAAAUACAGGCUUGACCUGGCAGAACAGCACCAGAAGACUCUUGGUUUACUGAGGAAACAGCAGACUCUGAUCCUAGACGAGGAGCUCAUUCAGUGGAAGAGGAGACAGCAGCUGGCUGGCAAUGGGGGUCCUCAUGAGGGUGGGCUGGAUGUUCUGCAGUCCUGGUGUGAGAAGCUGGCCGACCUGAUCUGGCAGAACCGACAGCAAAUCCGGCGCUGUGAACAUCUUACGCAGCAGCUUCCUUUACCUGGCUCAAUAGAAGAACUGCUGAACAAACUCAAUGCUGACAUUACUGACAUUAUAUCCGCCUUGGUCACCAGCACCUUCAUCAUUGAAAAACAGCCACCCCAGGUGUUAAAGACCCAGACUAAAUUUGCAGCUACAGUCCGCCUUCUUGUGGGUGGGAAGCUCAAUGUCCACAUGAACCCACCGCAGGUGAAGGCUGUCAUUGUUAGUGAGCAACAAGCCAAAGCUUUGCUGAAGAAUGAGAGUACACACAGUGAAAGCAGUGGGGAAAUCCUUAACAACAACUGUGUAAUGGAGUAUCACCAGGCCACAUGCACCCUCAGUGCCCACUUCCGGAACAUGUCUCUAAAGCGGAUUAAGCGUUCAGAUCGUCGGGGUGCAGAGUCUGUGACAGAGGAGAAAUUUACAAUUCUGUUUGAGUCACAGUUCAGCAUUGGGGGAAACGAGCUGGUCUUUCACGUCAAGACCCUGUCUUUACCUGUGGUUGUGAUAGUACAUGGCAGCCAAGACAAUAAUGCCACGGCAACGGUCCUGUGGGACAACGCCUUUGCUGAGCCGGGAAGAGUGCCAUUCGUUGUUCCUGACAAAGUGCUGUGGACUCAGCUAUGUGAGGCCCUCGAUAUGAAGUACAAGGCAGAAAUGCACAGUGGGCGUGGCCUGACAGAAGAUAACCUGGUCUUCCUGGCCCAGAAGGCAUUUUCCAGCAGCAGCAAUAACCCUGAGGAUUACCGUAACAUGACUAUCUCCUGGGCCCAGUUCAACCGGGAAAACUUACCUGGACGCAACUUCACCUUCUGGCAAUGGUUCGAUGGAGUGGUAGAGCUCAUGAAGAAACAUCUGAAGCCUCACUGGAAUGAUGGGGCUAUUCUUGGAUUUGUGAACAAACAGCAGGCGCAGGACAUGCUCUUGUCCAAACCAAACGGCACCUUCCUGCUGCGCUUUAGCGACUCUGAGAUCGGAGGCAUCACUAUUGCCUGGGUGGCUGAAAAUCCCAAUAAACAAGGUGAAAGACUGGUCUGGAAUCUGCUGCCCUACACAACAAAGGACUUCUCUAUCCGCUCCCUGGCUGACCGCAUAAGUGACUUGAACCAUCUUCUGUUUCUUUACCCCGACCGGGCCAAAGACGAGGUCUUCUCCAAGUACUAUACGCCUCCACUUUCAAAACCAGUGGAUGGAUAUGUUAAACCGCAAAUCAAACAAGUUGUACCAGAAUUCACCACCCCAAACCCUGAACCGUGCCCAGGAGUUGCAUUCAUGGACCAGACAGCUUCUUCCUCUGCGAGCCAUUCCAACAGCUUUGGCGUCUACUCUACCAUUAGUGACACCAUGCUUGAUCCAGAUGGAGACUUUGACUUGGAGGACACAAUGGAUGUUGCUCGCCAUGUGGAGGAAUUGCUUCGCAGGCCCAUGGCCAACCAGUGGAGCAGUCAGCAGUCCUGAACCUGAAAUAUUAACCUGCUGCAAACCUUUGUGUUUUUUGUUUUUUUCUUUUUUUCCUUUUUUCUUUGUUUUUUUUCUUUUUUUUUUCUUUUCUUUUUUGUUGGUUUUUAACACUCACUCCCAAAAUCUCUAUUAGGCAGUAACAGAGAAGACUUACAUUACAGUUUGGUUGUGACAUUUAGUUAUCCUUGUCCAUAUUGAAGAGGAGGAAAGCAGGACUAUUGUCUAUUUAAAGAGAGUAUAUCGACCACAUUACUUGCAGAAGAUAAGUCUGAUAUUCUCUCCAGCUCACCAUAGUUCUUCAGGGCUGAUAUCUAAAUUUGCUUAGUUUUAUUUUUGAUAUAAAGCUUGGACAUAGUUAUUUUCAGUAAAAGCUGUACAGUACUUUCAUAUGUACCCGAUGAGCUUCUGUGUGGCUGCAAGAAAUAAUGGAUAAUUGAACUGUAGAGAAACUAGCUUCCCCUAAACUUGGAGGGAGCAUGUAUGGUGCUUGCAGAUGCCUUUAGUUAAAACUUGCUCAGUUUUCAUUUUGUUGAUGGUGAUUGCAACUACACCAAAAGUAGUUGACAGCAGAUCUGUGCCUUCAGCUAAAACCAGGGAUCAAUCAAAAAGGAUUGCAGCUGAUGUUCCACUAUGUCAAAAAACAAAGGUUGCAGUAAUACUGGGGGGGAAAAAAUACUGAUCGUAGUUUAUUCCUCUUAGAAAAAUCUGUUUAUGUUGAGACCAUUUCAUAUAAACAAAUAGGCAAGGAAAUGUGUUGAUUUCUCCCCUUUGGUAAUCCCAUAUCUCCACUCUUAGGGACCAAACUCUGUCCUCUAACUAGAUCACCUCCACAGAGCAGGGUUCAGAGACUCCAGAAUCUGGGAGUGGAGAGGAUGGGAUGGCCUGCCUCCCGUCCUGACAUCAAGCCCAGUGAAAACUUGUGGGACCAGCUUGGGCGUAAUGUCUGUGUCAGAGGGGCCAACCAAACCACACUGCUUCACCUCAGCUGAGACAGAUGCUGCCUGAAGAAGGGGACCCCAUCCCCCAACCGUGGGGGACCAAGCUGGUGACCACCAUGAGGAGGAGGCGGCAGGCUGAUUUGGGUUAUGUAGGGUUCUCCCACUCACUACUGAGGCCCAGGUUUGUUAAAUCAUCAUCCAAUCCAGUAAACGGCACCAAACAAUAGGCAGCAACACAAUAAGCUGUCUGGCUGAGAGGACUUGGCAAGUUGUUCUUGGGUAGAACCAACAUACUCAAUUCUACUGUUCAAUCCACAAACAGGUUAUCUUUACAAAAGUGGCUCCAUUUGAAGUGAAACAAAUGGUGACAAAGACAUAUCUGAUAUAUUCCUAACACACAAAGUGAUUAUCUACUGCAUUCACACAGGUUAGGUGGUAAUCCACACAAUCCCCUGGAAGUGUUGGAUUUGAAACAAGUACCCGUUUCCACUGAUAAGCUCCGACUGCAUAUUUUGCACAGAACCCUGCAGAGAUGAAACGGAAGCUUGAUGAGAUUGGAACCGACAGCUCUCCUUUCACAUGGAUUUCAGCCCAUGCUGUGUUUACAGCUCCAAAAUUAACAAUGGGAUAAUGAAAUCAAAUUAUAUGGAAAGAAGUACAAGCUUAGGGGGUGUCUGUGCAAAAGUAAUCCCACAGAUGUACCCUCUAGAGACGGUGAACUUUAUUUUUUUUACUACUCUAAUCAUGUGUUGCAAGUUAACACAUUUUAUAUGAAAAUGUUUUUAGCUUCUAAAGCAUCAAAGUCCUGAUUUUAUCACAUGUAGGUCUGUGUUUGUAACCAAAAUAAUACAAAACAUCUGGAAAGGCUUCCGGGUUUUCUGACACAUCCUAAAUGUUAAUGCAGCUUUGGCAUUGGUUGGUAGAUGGACUCUAUUGUUAGGUUCACACAGGUGAGAUAAAUUACACACGCGAAUGAAAAUCUAGUGUACAAAGAUCUUUAUGUAGAUAUCCUUGUCUUGUUCAGAGGUUACUUAGUGGAACUGAGGCACCAAGCUGCCUUAAUGACAUUGGUUUUAGGUGCUGAAAUGUGUUGUUAAAUAAUCAGAUUUUAUUGUUGAAAGUUUUUUUGUUUGAACAUUGAAUUUGAAAUUCAGUUAAUUUUCUUUUCAAUUCCUUUUUUUUUUAGUUCAACUGUUUAAUGAAAAAGGCUUGGUGUAACGCCACAACGAAGCAGAACUGAAUCCAACUUGGAUCCUGAAAGCUCGUUCUUACUGUCUAGUGUGUACUAUAGAGGUGACACUCCUGUUUGUUGGAGUCUUAAAGUGCCUUUUGAACUGUUGGAGAUUGCAGAAAUUUGCUAAAAUGUUUCCUGUGCGCACACCUGCCUAUGCAUGCUCACACAGGCUGUAUCAUUAAAAUUGUUGUUUCAUUUACAAAAUUUUGCUAAAACCGUUGGAAGAAGACUAUUACAAUCAAAUUAGGCAGCUGGACUGAGUCCUACCCUUGUCCCCCUUCAGACGGUCCGCAGAACAUCACAUUUGACCUUUACGGCAAAUAAAAUAAGACCAAGUCAGAAAAAACGAGUGCAAUCAUUGUCUGUUAGUAAAACGAGUACUUGCUUAUCUGAGAUCAUGCUGUUAGAUGUAGAGCCACAAUUACCUGGAUGAAACGAGCUCUGUCGAUGCAGUGAGUCAAGUUCUAUGGAUACAACCAUCUCUUGUUCUGUUCCUCAGGCAGACCACUUUGUGUUCUACCGAGUCGGCCAACUGCAAGGGAGCUCUCUGUAAAGCAUAAACUGAUUUUAAAUGGGUUUUGUAGUGUUUAAAAUAUUUCUGGUACUUUUGGUUUUGAUGCUAGCAUACAUCUGUUUACUUUUCCUUGUAUAUCUGUCAGAGCGGUACUCUAAGACAUAUAUUAUUCUCUUGUUGCGUAUGUGAAAUGUCACAUAUAAUCCUUAUUCAUCUUGAUUUUUUUAUGUUGAUCAACUGUUUUUUCCUUUAGUUGAAUUAACUGUGGCUACUUUGUUUUUAUAUUUGCUAAUUACAAUAAAAUAUGCAGGAAUAUAAUUCCAUACGUUGUUUUCUACUAUAUUAUGUUUAAAUAAAAUAAUCUCAAUUUCAAAAAACUUGACAGAGUAAUUUAUAUGGGAUGUUUUUGGUUUGUUUUGUUUGUUUUUUGUAACAGAUGGACAAUAUUACAGAUUGAACCACAAAAUGUAAUAUAUUUAUUUGAGUUUUUAUGUCAACAAACAAACAUGACUAACUGUGAAAUGGAAGGACAGUAACAUCAAAUCUACCAAUAAAAAUCUAACAUUUA